AGGAGAAAAUUUCGGAAAAUCUUUGCAGUCGAACUCAUACACUUCGAACGGACGGUCAGUGCAAGUUGCUCUAAGAGAGAAAAUUUUUAUUUCUCUGUGUGAAAAGAAGAAAAUUUUUUUCAUCAAAACCAUUUUACUUUUUUCUCUUAUUUUUCCGGGGGGCAACUUUUUUAUCGGUUUGGAUUAAACCCACAAAUAUAUAGAAAUUUCUUGCCAAGGAGGAGGAACAAGGAAUAAAACUUAAGAAAAAAUGGUUUAUGAGAGUGAUUUUUACACCACACGCCGACCCUACAGUCGGCCAACCGUCACGUCGUACACAGUUACGACCCCUGUCGUCAGGAUCCUGCCGAAAACUAGGGUGUACACAUUCAGAUACUCAGUGCCCAUUGUAACAUCACCAGUUCGAUUCCACACACUCCCCUAUGUUGCUCACAAACGCCUUGUGCCGGGAACACGCGUCGUAACUAAUCCAACACGAGUGUAUCGUUCGUCUCCAGUGAGAGUGAUCCGGUCAUCACCGGUGAGACUGCCCUCACCCAUUCGCCCCCUAACAUUUUCCGUACGCCCAUCCGUCAUCCACAGAGAGUUGGACCGCAUUGAAAAUAAGGUCCGCACAAGUCCAGCAUAUCAGCCAACAUCGAGUUAUUUGAAUUCUGCCGCGCACUUGGAUUUCGCUGAUGAAGCGAGGGACAUUCGCAACGCAACCACUUCUCUGCUAAAGACAUGCCAUGCUAAGGUACCCAGGGCAACUAGUCUUCCACCAGUUGUCUACUCAAGGCUCGAUCGUCUGCAGUCCCCUGCUCCGUAUGAUCGUGGAUUCGACGCCUACAUCCAAGAUGUCCUGAAUCCCGUGAGGAAGGUUCAGCGGGAUAUAAAUUUCUUUUCAAAGUACGCCGAGCCAGCACGUAAAUAUGUUGGUAAGAGCCAUUUGGCAUCUAUCCGCAUAGUGGGAAAUAAAGCCUACGCAAAGAGGAAACCACUUAAAGAUGAUUAUUUCCCUAGUAAAGUCCAAAAUGAUAUAAAAUUGCUCUCAUACUAUGCCAAAAACAAGCAAGUUCCAGCUGAUGAAGACAAAGAAGAUGAAAAGAAAGCUGAUGCUAAAGAAAUUGAUGACUUUUCGUUGGAGCGUAAAAAUAGAAUGAGGGCGAAAUUGGAGGAAACUGCCCUCCUUGAAGAGGCAAAGGCCGCCGAGAAGAAGCGCCUAGCUGAGGAGGCUAAACGUGCCGAGGAAGCACGUCAAGCCGAAGAAGAACGGCGUGCUGAGGAAGCCAGAUUGGCUGAAGAAGCCCGAGCUGCGGAUGAAGCUCGUCAGGCUGAGGAAGCACGUAAAGCUGAAAAAGCUCGCAAGGCUGAGGAAAAGCGCAAAGCUGAGGAGGCAAGGAGAGCUGAAGAGGAAAGAUUGGCUGAGGAGGCUCGCCUAGCUGAGGAAGCUCGUCUUGCUGAAGAGGCUCGUCUUGCUGAAGAGGCUCGUUUGGCUGAAGAGGCUCGUCUUGCUGAAGAGGCUCGUUUGGCUGAAGAAGCUCGUUUGGCUGAAGAGGCUCGCCUAGCUGAGGAAGAAGCUAAACUCGCCGAGGAAGCUCGUUUGGCUGAGGAGGCAAGACUAGAAGAGGAAGCUAGACAAGCUGAGGAAUUGCGCAAGCAGAGAGAAGAAGAAAUCUCACGCCUGGAGGAGCUGGAAAGAAUUGCAGCUGAUGAAAAGGAAGCCGAAUUGGCUAGACAAGCUGCAGAAUUGGCUGAACUUGCCCGCCAAGAAGCUGAACUUGAUGCCCAACUUAGUCCAGCUGAAGAACCAGAGGAACCUGUUAUCGUAACGGAAGAAGACAAUGCCGAAGAUUCUACGGAAGAACCUCCUGAGGCCUCACCUGAACCUGAACACCACACAGUUGAGCCUCUUAUUGAAGACAGCGGAGAUGCCGAUGAUGUCUUCGGAGACAAUCCUGAUGACUAAACAAACUUUAUUCUACAUUAUUUUAUACACACCUUCUAAAAUUAAGCAUCAGUGUCAAAAAAUCUUUUUCUAGGACUUAUUUUUUAAAAAUGAACUUAUUUAAAAAGUCAAAAAAAAACGUAAUUUUAGCGAAAGAAUAACAACAAAAUUACCUUUCAGCGCAUUUCGAAAUUCCUUCUCUACUCAAAAAAGAAAA